CGAGAACUGUCAUCAUUGUCAUCAUCGUGCGUGACAGAUGCGAGAAAAGGCAGAAAAGGACGCUGGAAAUGGAUUAGGUUGUUGCUCGUGUUUAUUUGGAAGCUUUUUCUUAGCAAAAAUUGCAUUAAUUUCGAAAUUAAAUCAUUGAAAAAAUGCCGCAGAUGAUUUUGCGCAUUAUAGUUUUUAUUUGCCUGACGCAACUGAUAGCUUGUGAUUUCGGUUGCCCAUCGAAAUGCGAAUGUACCGAAGGAACCGAUGGGUUGAAGGUACAAUGUCAGAGCCAAAUAUAUGAUUUGAAGGAAAUCGAAUUAGCGGAUUUCUCUGAGCAGUUGACCCACAUAGACCUUAGCAGGAAUAAAAUUUCCUCCUUGGAUGGCAAAAUUUUCCACAACAUGACACGUUUGAGAUCCCUAGAUCUAUCAAAUAACGCUAUUCGACGAAUAGAUUCUGGCGUACUAAGCAAUCUUGUAGGAAUGAAAAAGCUCAACCUUUCCCAAAACCAGAUCGUUUCCAUUGAACAAGGCGCAUUCGACAACUUGCCAAAUCUUAAAAUAUUAGAUCUUUCAUCCAAUCCAUUGGCGUGUAAUUGUGAUCUACUCUGGCUAGUGCCAUGGUCUGUAAACGCAUCCGUAAAGUUACAACCAGCUCCUAAAUGUGGCACCCCGUUUAAAAAUAUGCUGCUCAAGAAGCUCCGGGUAGGAGUGGAUUUACAUUGCGCCUCGGCAGGAGAAGCUCCAAUAUUGCAGUUGAUUCCUAGCGUUGACCAGGUAUUGUUCCAAGGCGAUCCAUUGCGACUUCGAUGUAGAGCACCUCGUUUGGCCGUGGGAAGUGUCAGGGACUCGGAGGACAUACACAUACGGUCGCACAUAUUUUGGGGUUGGUCAAGUACGAAAAGCACCGAGGACACUCUUCAAGAUAUUGUGUUUCAUGAGCCGCUAAAACUGUUUCCAUCGACUACAAUAAGCACGCGACCUCUUUCCGAUAUUGGAAUACUGGAUUCAACCCUAAUUAUACCUCAGGUAAAAGCUAACCACAGUGGUACGUGGGAUUGUCGACUGGUAACCAAUUCGGCGAGCUAUUCCAAAAGAAUUUCAGUAAUAGUUAUAUCGAAUGAAACGCGCUUUUGCCCGGAGACAUAUACUCACGGUAGCAAGGGGUCAUACUCUUGGCCCAAAACGAUCACCGGAAGAACUGUAUAUCUACCGUGUACAAAUGAUGCAGGCAUAAUUGCGUCCUAUGCAUAUUACACGUGUACAACAAACGGAACGUGGAACAAUUUAAACGCAUCUAGCUGCGCAUACGUAUUGGAAAGCACUCGCGUUUUGGAACAAUUCUCUAAAACUAAUCUCUCUGGGAAUAUUUUGGAAAGCGCACGAUAUUUGAGAAAUUAUUCAUAUUCCUUGCUGGCAAAACAUGUGAACGCGCUAGAUUUAGUGUACUUGACUCGCACCAUAGAAAAUUUUGCAAAGGAAACAGAUCACGAUAAAGAAUUAGGGUUUGUAUUGAUGGAUAUAUUCGCGCAACUUUUAAAGUUUAAUUCAAAUGCUGCUUCAUUUAUCGAAGCACAAAAAGAAGAUCGGUCAUGUAAGAAACUUUUUGAAUCAUUCAAAUCUAUCGUCCUUAACUUACCAGUAACAGUGUUGAACAAGGAGAAUAUACAGGUUGAACUGUUUGACAUUUCCUUCCAGGGAAGUACAAAUGGCUUCUCCUGUUCUGGUAUCAAUCAUAAUUCAAAAAUGAGUCCGCUCAAAUGUAGCAUAAUUUCAAAACUUCCGCAAUACACUUUCAACGAGAGAAACGUAGAGGUUUCACUAUUCACCUCGUUUUCAAAACCAUUCGUUAAUCAAUACGCAUCGACCCGCAUUAUGGUAUCGGUAUUCGAUAGCAGUUUGAUGUUUCCAAACUACGAUCCGGAAUAUCGAAUCACUUCCAAGGUGAUUUUACUAGAACCUAUUCAUAUAGGAUUGGACUUCUCUCAGAACACCACUGAGAAUACCGAUAUUAUUCUUGUGUUGAAAACUGCUCUUUAUCAUGAUGACAUUAGCAAACCUAUUCCAGUUAUUUGGGAUAAUCAGAUGAACGACGGCAUUGGUGGAUGGAGUAGGAAGUUUUGCUUUCAAAACCAUUUAUUUAACCGAGCACUCAUAUUCUCUUGCAAAAAAUUUGGCGUUUAUGCCAUUAUGCAGAACGUUAAAUUUCUCAACGAUUUCCUGGACAACGAAGAAGCCGGGGCGAGUUUUAGAUAUAGCGAAGUCGGAAUUUACGUUGGCAGUGUGGCUUUGUUUGUAGCGUGUUUUUUCAACAUUAUACUUUACACGACAUUUGCUUCGAAUAUUCGAAUGAAUGUACGUAAACGACAUUGUCUGAUCAAUCUCUGGUUGAGUUUGUCGGCCUUGGCAUUCCUGUAUGCGUUUGGGAUCCAUCUGACGGAGGAUUUCAAGGUUUGUGAAAUUGUGGGUUUAUUAAUGCACUAUUUUACCUUGGCCACCUUGCUUUGGUACACCACUCUUUUGUGUAACUUUUACAAAACUAUUUCCCGGCGGAGAACUACGACUCAGGAGCUCGACACCGUUGCCUCUUCCAUCGCUAGCACAAACGAAGCAACGAAAAAAAGUAAACCAUUGUUGGGUUUAUACUUGGUAGGAUAUGGAAUAUCUUUGCUAAUUGGAACAAUUGGAGCGGUUAAUCUUCAGGACUAUUCAUCGUAUAAUAUCUGUUUUAUUACGGAAACUCCUGCUCUUAAUUCGGUAAUUUUUCCGACGAUAAUACUCAUAACUUUCCUGGUUGUAUUGUUCCUGGCAGUAAUGUGUACCAUAAAAUCGAAGUACGUUUACACAAACAGCACUUCAUUUUCGGAAGUUACACGUGAUUGUCAGCAGCAGCCAAGCAGAGUGAAUCCAGCAACCACUGAAGGUAGUCUCUAUAUGGACAGUUGUUCAUUUUCAACUUGCAGCACCCGUGCUGAACAUAUAGAAUAUUUAUCACAAUUGAAAGUAAAUCUAGCUUUACUUGUAUUGAUUAUUUUAACAUGGUUAGCAGCUGCCACUACCUCAUAUAUGACUACUAGAAACAAAAGGCAACAUGAAAAACUAUUUAGCAUUAUAUACGGUACAUUAGCGUCUCUCCUUGCUUUAGCUAUACUUUACUUCUAUUGUUUCGCACGCAGUGAUUUUAAACUCAUGUGGCUAUCCAUCAGACAAUCAACAUUGCCCAAUCACAGUAGCAAUACCAAUACUGGCACAUUUUAUCAUUGCUCAAAAAACCCUACACGCAUUUAUAGUGAACUAAAUGCAGUUAAACCAGUCGGAACAGUUAUUCAAAGCGCCACUACGGUCUAUUACAAAAAAGAAACCAAUACCGCAUCGAUUUAUCAUGCGCCUCACGUUGAGGUAUUUUUCAAUGCCAAUCAAAGUAAUGUUGCACGGAAAUUCUUUCGCAAGCAAAAAAGGUUGGCUCGUCAGCGGAAUUUCGAUCUAGGUAAAACUGAAUCUUUCGGAAGGCCUGAUCAAUCCGACGAUUCUUCUCAGUUCUAUUUUAUACAGGCAGCUCAUACAGAGCCUGUCCCACAGAGAACCAAUAUGAAUGAACUUACUCUCCACAAGGAACAAAUACUUGCAAACAACAAAAUAUGCUACUAUCCUAAUUUACUUUCGGAUAGUUGCAAUGAAAGUGAUGCUCUUGUCGACAUAAACAGCACACUGAAUGUUCGCUUUAUAAAGCUGCCAAAUAACCCCGAAGUUGGUAAGGAUACUAACCUUUACACUAACAUACCGAAUAAAGAAGAGGAAAUAAACAAACUUGAUGAUACCUUGAUAAACAAUUUAAACGAAUGCAUACCGUGUCCUAUCUACGAAAAUAAUUUACAAUUUGCAACAGUUGAGCUCAACGUAAAUGCACAUACAAUAGUCCAUGAAGACACGAAUCAAUGUAGUUCAACCAAAACUAAAGAAUCAAGAAAAAAUAAAUCCAAAUCUUUAGAGUAUCUUUCUCAAUGUGCGCCGGAAAUAUUGCGGAGCAAAACAGAUCCGCGUUGUGUAUCGACUUCCACUUUUGGACACAUCAAUGGAGCUAAAACUCUUCCAAAAAAUAUUUUAAAUCGCACUCAUGACAGUGGUCCAUGUUUGCCUCCGCUUAGCAUGUGCGAACUGUCGGGAUCAUUACUAUCGACAAACUCAGAUCAAAACUUGCCCUACAACCCGGACAAUACUCCCAUCGCUGAACUGAAGUCCAGUGUAAACGAAUCGAAAGAUCUUUCAGAGCACACAGUUCAAGACGGUGCUCAUAGACACACGCUAUUUUGUAGUCCAACAAUGUUUAGUGAUUUCAAGUAUCAAAACUCUGAAGUGAGCCUUCGGAGUCAAGACUAUUAUGCGCCUCAACCAGAGAAAGACGAUCUCAAUUACAAUUUUAGUGAUAUAGACGAUGAUAGCUCAACCCACGGUAGUCAAACGUCGAUUGAUGAACUGUACGAAUUAAUUAAUGGCAAUUUUCCAAAUAUUCGACCAGCUGCAGAGACUGCGUCUGAAGAACGUUUGAUGUCAAGUGAAACUUUGGAUCGAACACCUAUUAAAAAUGGUCAUUUGUAUGCGAAUACCAUACCCAAGUUAUAACAUUAAUUAAAUACCCAGAUAAUGUUCUAGAACUAUGUGCCAAUUUUUCCGCGUUACAUGACGAAAUGCUAUUGUUUGGAUUUAAGAUACACAAUUAGU